GUCCAUAGGCCAUGUUAUUAGCAGAGAAACAGAGAAUUUGCAGGUGCCUUACUAUGUUGAUAAAAACUUUGAAAAGAAUUAUCAAGGAGCAGAACUUCAAGAGCUAGAGAAAACCGUUGAAAAAGAUUACAUAGACUAUAUUCAGACCAGCUGCUGGAAGGAGAAACAGCAAAAGUCUGAUUUGUCAAAUUUGGCCAAGCUAUACAGAGAUGAGCGGUUAAAACAGAAAGCAGAAUCGCUGAAACUUGAGCACUGUGAGAAGCUCUCCAGUCUGAUUGGAAUGCACAAAGGGGGCUGACCAGGACACACAUGUUCUGUAGUUUUAUUUAUUGCUGUUUUAACUUAUGUUUUUAUUUUCCUUUGUCUAAAAAGGGAAGGAGUCUAUUGUAAAGAGUCUGAAUAUUCGAGUCCUUCUGCAUAUAGUGCAGAGAUGGGCCAACACAAGCUGUAGAGCUAGUGUUUGCUGUAAUAAGUACUGUACACUAUAUUUGGUUCCAAGGACCAGUGGCACUUUGUAAAUUAAUUCCCCGGGAGACGCUAUUAGUUUGGAACCUGUCUUCAUCGGUAGUUUGUCUGCCAUCCAAACCAUGUAUACUUCCCAGGAGAGCAGACA